GUGCAAAUGUCAAAGGUUAAAAUUAUCUAUUUUCGUCGUUCUCAGGGACAACCAGUGACGCGCCUUGCAUGUAAGUUAUUGAUUGUCGAUAUGUCCUGUACAACAAUAGUACAAGAUCGUUGUAUUCUCAUUCAGCUUUGAUCUUUUUUUGACAGCACCGAAGAGAUACAUGUAGUGUGGAGAAUGUGGCAGCUUCAGUUGUACAACAAACACCCAGCUAAACGGGCGGUGACAAAUACGAUAAAAAGAUUAUAAAGCAUCUCAGCUCAACUCCAAAAAUGACUACCAUGGCUUCGAAGGUUUCAACGGGAGUGCCACCCAACGUGUUACAACAUAGAAAUUCAUUUACUAGCAGUAAGUUGGGUAAUGCUCCACCACCUGCAAGAGUAUUUGAUUGUGUAGAGCACAGCAGUGACAUGCUGAAACAACUCAGUGCCUUGCGGACGAGGCGAGUACUGUGUGAUGGGACGCUGAUCUGCGGUGAGCAUCAUUUCUCUAUCCACCGUAUCAUCCUCGCUGCCUGCAGUGACUUCUUCCAGAAGAUGUUCAUCGAGAACGACAACAUCAAGGACAUUCAGAUCAGCAGCAGCAUCUCCAGACUUGGACUUGAAAUGCUGAUCCACUUUGCGUACACCUCCCAGUUGACGCUGACUUCAGAAAACGUUCACAAGACGCUGCGAGCAGCAAUACAGCUGGGUGUUCAACGUGUCACUGAUCUGUGCAUCCAGUACCUUGUCACAACAAUCUGCAUGCAGAACUGUGUCGAGUUACUCCAUCUUGCAGAGAGGCAUGAUUUUGAUCAGCUGCGGUCAGCGGUGCAGAAUUUCAUCUUGGAGAGAUUCAUCAGUCUCUCAGAAACCAAGGACUUUCAGACCCUUACCCCAGAGCAGAUCUCGUUUUUUAUCGGUCAGGAUCGUAUGGUGUCGGGAUCUGAAAUACAGCUCUUCAAUGCUGCCGCGAGGUGGAUCAACCAUUCGCACAAAUCCCGGAUGAAGUUUGCUCCCAAGCUGAUGAAGCACAUCCGAUUCCCGCUGAUCUCGUCCAGCGAUCUGGUGGACCAGGUUGAGUCCCACAGCUUCAUGAUUGAGAAUGCAGAGUGCCACCAGCUGUUGCUGGAAGCCCUGAACUAUCACCUGGUGCCCCAACGGCAGCACCUGAUGCAGAAUGCUAGGACAAGGAUGCGAUCCACUAAUGAGGUGAUGCUGCUUGUCGGUGGAGAGCUGUCCAACAAGUGCGUCAGUAACAACAUCAUGAUCCUGGAUGAGCCCCACUGCCAGCUGAAGCACCUGACAUCAAUCCCGCUGAGAAGGGUUGACCACUGUGUCGCAGUCCUAAAUGACUUUCUGUAUGUUGUCGGCGGACAAGUCACCCUUACAUCUAGUGGCAAAGACAGUAUCGGUACAGUUCAUCGCUACGAUCCCAGAUUCAACACUUGGCUCCAGAUGUGUCCAAUGCAGCAGCGGAGGGCCUUCUUUAGUCUGGUGUCACUGGCUGGCAAGCUGUAUGCCUUGGGAGGCAAAAAUGAGCAGGGUUCCCUUGCCUCCAUGGAGGCCUACAAUCCUAACAAAAACACAUGGGACUAUGUUCAGCAUCUUCCUGAAGCCAUGUAUGCCCAUGCUGGUUGCGUCGUUGGUGAUAAGUUGUAUAUCUCUGGUGGCUUCACAAACCACAACUUCAGCAAAGCCAUGUUUGAGUACGACGCCCAGCGAGAUGAGUGGAUGCCACGCUGUGCGAUGAACGUACCCCGCGGUUUCCACAUGGCCUGCACUGCCGACGACCAGAUGUACGCCAUGGGUGGGAAUCACUUCAACUCAUGCGGCGAGAGAGUGGAUGUGAUGAGUGUCGAGCGCUACAACCCCGCCCACGAUCAGUGGUUGUCUGUCUCCCCAAUGCUGUCAGGUCUCAGCAUGGCCGGAGUGGCCGUCAUGGACAACCAGAGGAUUUACGUCAUCGGUGGCUACAGUGGCUUGGCCCGACAACGGGAGAAGGACAUUCACUGCUACACGGUCAGCAAGGAUGAGUGGGAUGUGGUAGGGGAGCUAGCUGGACCGGCCUUACGGAUGGCUUGCUGUACCAUGACUCUGACCAGUAACUUGUUGAACCUUGCAACAUCCGACAACCAGUCGACCGUCUCUCAAGGAACGAGCUCUCUGUCAAAUUUCACGUCUGUGAGCCAGCAAUUCUCACACUGAAAGGAUCCUCAAAUGUCCACUACAUUCGUGUACAUGUAGAUUGCAUACAUCAAUGUUUAUGUUUUGUGGGUUGAAUUACUUGCAAAGAUAGAUUUUAUGUGUAGAUGUUAAACGAUGAAGUUUGUGAAUGACAUACAUUUUGUAUUUCACAGCCUCUCAGUGUAUGAAUUUUUUUUAAUGUAUUGUGGUUGGCUUUGCUUUAGCUGAUAAUAAUCAUAAUGGACUAUAGAUUUUGGGUUUUUCAUCAUAAUGGAAAUAUUGCAAAAUGUAAUACAUUCAGUUGAACCUUUUAUAGGCAUACUUUGUACGUGUACAUGCAGAUUGGGCAAGGUGUACGUAUGUAUACAUGUGGUCAUUAUACCAACAUUGGUUGUUAAAUGCAACAUAAAAGGAAGUUUUUUAGAAAAACCAUAAUAUGGGGCAACUGAAGAGACGGCACAUGUAUGUUGUGCAGGUCAUUCAUAUCCUCACUGGGUACAAUGUAUUAUAAAAAAGAUAUUCUUGUGUCCGUUGAAUACAACUUAUUGAUGGAGCAUUUGUAAAUAUUUAAUCUACAAAAUUGAUUAUGCAUACACACAUGUAUGGUAUUUUGCAUACCUGUGCCUUAAAGUUUAAACUCUUUGUUAUAAUACAUACUACAUUUGUAAUUUUUUUUUCAUUUUAAGGAACAUCAAGUCUGGAGUUAGAUCUUAGAAAUUUGGAAGUCAAAGUUUCAGUCCUGGACGUCACGACGCGAAAACGGAAAAAACCAAAAA